UCGAGAGUGUGUAAUUACAGAAAAGUUGUGUUUUUUUGCAAUAAAUUACCAAACAAAAAGUUGAGAACAUGAUGAUGCAGCGCUGCUGGCGCCUCUCAGUGCCGCUGGGAAAACGCGGCCUUGCCGUCAGCACACACAACCGACACACGGCGGUCACGGAUGCCGCAGAGGCGGAGCAUUUGGAUGCCUUUGAGCAGCAGUAUUUGAAGGAGCGCAUUGAGAUUUCACCAUUUCAGAGGAUGCUCCUGGGUGCAGGCUCCUCCCUUGCCGCCCUGCUGGAUCCCAGGCGCCACGACAUGAUCGCCUGUCUGGGUGAGACGACGGGGGAGGAGGCUUUGUGGAACAUUCUGGACACCAUGCAGGAGAGCGAGGAGGGGCAGCGCAUCAUGAGCGAGAAGCCGCGCAUUCACACCAGCACCAUUGACUUUAAGCUGCUGGAAUCGCUGCCUGCCGACACAUUUGGAGCCGCCUAUGUGAAGUUUCUCAAGGAUAAUCAAGUCACGCCGGACAGUCGCAUGGCCGUGCGCUUCCUGGAGGAUCCCAAGCUGGCCUAUCUAAUGACGCGCUACCGGGAGUGCCAUGACCUGAUCCACACGGUGCUGGACAUGCCCACCAAUAUGCUCGGCGAGGUGGCGGUCAAGUGGGUGGAGGCGCUCAAUACGGGUCUGCCCAUGUGCUACGGUGGAGCGGUUUUCGGUGCGGUCCGCCUACGUCCAAAGCAGCGGCGAGCGUACUUGAAGCAUUAUUUGCCAUGGGCCCUAGAGAACGGCAAGCAAAUGAAGCCCCUGAUGCCCGUGUAUUGGGAGAAACGGUGGGAACAGAAUGUGAACGAUUUGCGGGCCGAGCUGGGCAUUAAAUUGUUGAAUAAAGUUUGAAUUCUAUUUAUAAAA